CUCUCUGUUGCACGUCCACGACUGAACGGUGUAUUGUACUUCAUCCUACUUUCAAGAGUGCACUGCAAUCUGUGAUUUCAGCAAUAAUUAAGAGAUUGUCUAUUUGAAUUUUGUACUCUUACCGAUCCAUUUUUAAGAGGGUAUUCUUCUGGGAUCGCCUACUCCUUUUUAUAUCCAUUAGAAGAUGUUGGGGUGUAUCUUUCAGUACCUAUACACAUCCUUCCUGCGAUUUUUGUUGAAGUGGCUUCUACGGCAACUCACUGGGAAAUGCGAGCUCCAGAGGAUAUGUAUGGGCUACAAGCCUGGAGCAAAGAGGACAGCAAUGGCAGAGUAUUCCCUGGAGUCUUCAAAGAGCAAGGUAUUGAAGGCAUCGGUGAAUGCAGAGGAAGACACUCUGGAGGACUAUGUGGAGAAAAUAAUGAGGGAAAAAAGCAUCAAAGAACAGAAAGAUCCCACGUUUAAGAAGAAUCUGAAAUCAUGUUUGUGCCAAAUAAGUGGGUACAAUAAUCUUUAUCAAUCUGUGGAACAGCUAAGAAAAGAGAUAUUUGACUGUGACAAGGAAGAACAUGAGAAGAUGCUUUUGAAGCUCUGGGAUCUCCUGAUGCCUUCCACAAAACUGGAGUCCAGAAUCACUAAGCAGUGGGGGGACAUUGGUUUCCAAGGCGAUGAUCCCAAGACGGACUUCCGCGGAAUGGGAAUGCUCGGCCUGACCAAUCUUGUGUUUUUCAGUGAGAACUACACUGAAGCAGCACGGCAGGUCCUCUCACACGCCAACCAUCCCAAAAUGGGGUACUCGUACGCUAUAGUGGGGAUCAACCUGACAGAGAUGGCCUACAGCCUGCUGAAGAGUGGGGCGCUCAAGUUUCACUUCUAUAACAGUGUCGAGGAUCGGCCCCAGAUGAAGCACUUUCACCUGCUCUACUGUUACCUAGCGUACGAGUUCAACAAGUUCUGGAUCCUGGAGGAGCCUGAGAGCAUCAUGGAGUUUAACACAUAUCGAGAGAAAUUUCACGAGAAGGUCAAGAAACUCCUUCUGGACCCUGAUGUGACUCUAAUCUUGAAUGUGGAUUCUAAAAACUGAACUUGAAACAGAACAACGAAUCGCCUCCCAUACUUACCACGUGUUUGUGCCCAGAUAGAAUGUCACCUAAGAACUGAAUAGAAAAAAUAUUCCCCUUUUUAGCUACACACAACACCAUUGUUUCAUAUUUUGUUUACAGCAUCCUAGUGGUGCUCUAAGGGAAUUCCUUCCAACAUGUUCCUAAUGAACAUUCCAGUUCUUUGUUUGAAAGGCUUGACGUUUGUAGUUGUAGGUUAAACCUCUUUGUUGUCAAGGAGUCUAAGAGAUGUCAGCUUGCACACUUGCCUAUUUUUAAAAAGUAUUUUUUUCUCCUAGGAUAGUUGUUGAGACUAGCUAGAGCUUAAGAUUGGGUUUAAUGCUCGUGUGAGGUGUUUUCACAUAUUUAUUCAGUGCUGCCUCCUUGUCUGUAAAAGUACAUCAUCUCAGGAAAUCUAGUAUUUAUGUCUAGAGAAGGAGAUCAAACCUGUACAAAAAUAGGACAACCAUAAGUGUUUUAUCCUGACUAAAUUGUGCUGUGUGGUGACAGGCAAUUAAAUGUUAUUUUGCAUGUUUUAAUGCGUUCUUCCAUCGGUACGAAAAUUCUCAUCGGGUCCUUACAUUUCAACAAGCACACUUCUAUAGUCGUUUCAUCCUUUGAGUCGAUGAAAUAAGUAUAAAUAACUCAAAUAAAAGUGAUCAAGGCACCACUUUGAACAUGUGAGUGCAGAUGGCACGGUUUGUGCCUGACUGAUUUUAUGUGAGCAUAGUAAGUUAACUGUUUGAUAAUGAUGUAACCGCUAUGUUUAAUUUAUAUUGAAAGUGUUCAUGAUUUGAAAAGUAACACUAAUUUGUAAUUUUUUACAGUCCCGCUCAAGUCAUUUAUACUGUCAAUAAUGUGCUUCAUGGUAAAUAAAUUUAAUUCCAGACAGUGUCUGAUGUUUCUAACAGAGGAA